CUUGGAUUCUCUUUUCCAAGCAAAAGGGUGUCAUUUUCAGGCAGGACAGAGCAGGAGACAAUGAUUUGAACCAAAAUUGUAGCCAUUGUUUUUCUUGUCCUGGAAGAGUGCAGUGCACCACAUGUCUUCACAUCCUAUUGGAAACUACUUCUAUAUUUGCCUAUAAAAAGAGACCAACAACAAGAUUUUCAAGCAAAUUCAAGGUUUCUCAGGAAUACCAUAUAUUCAACUACCAUGGCUAUGUUACCCACCAAACGCUUCCUUCUCCUUGCUCUUCUCUUGCUUUGUUUCCUUUCCAUUAAUGCUAAAGCCAGAAGUUUAAGAGAGACUAAGGAUGAAUUAGCUCCAGUUUCUGCAGAAAAGAGCCAUGAAAAUCAGUUUAAGGUAAAUGAAGGAGGGGAACAGGAACAAGACAGUGGUGAUUUGACAACGAUGGACUACACUCCUGCAAAAAAGAACCCUCCAAUUCAUAAUUAGUUCUUAGCUUCUUUUAUUUUCAGUUUUGUCAGGAAGAGCAUAUAAUUGCUUUUCUGGGAUUCUGAACUUUGAUGAAAGUAGCAAGUUCUACCUAGUUGUUUUGAUCAAGCAGUAGUAGAUGCAUGAACUUAGAAGUUAGAACUAUGUAAAUAGUUUUUGAGCUAAGGGGGGCAUAGAUUUGAUAGAAUUUGCAAGAACACAGAUGCAUAAUAUAUUCAUCUUGUCUUUUCCAUUCUCAAACAUUCGAGUUGGUGUAAGCAAUUUGAAAGAGUAACCACAAUGAAGAUUUAAUCAAAUUGAAACUUCAAUCUAGAUGUUGUUUUCGUGAGUGAUUGAAGUCAAACCCAUAUUGCAACUUAAUAUAGAAGCUGUAGAAAUGCAUGAAGGUAAAUGAAACAGUAUAUGCAAACACAAAUGAGUGGAUCAGUCAUCACAGCCAUCAAGAUAAAGAUAUGUCAAAAAAUGUAAUAGUAUAUUUGAAUACUGAAUUUGCAUAUUUGAAUUUAUAAUUUU